AUGACCGAAUACACCCCUCCCCCCGUGGGUCACCGCUAUGCUUCGAAAGAUGACUACCUCGCCGCGCGCGCCGCCCUCAUCGCCGCCGAGCACGCCCAGUCCUUCACAGCCAACCUCUCUCCCUCGACGGCCGUCGAGAGCCGCGCCAACGCCAUCCUCACGGCCCUCAAAGAGCAAGACCAGGCAGAACUCCACACCAUGCACCCCAAUGGCACGGGCUUCGAGCUAGGCCACAAGUUCCUCCACGGCCUGCCGACCAUCGCCGAAUCCAAAAUCUUGGCCAUCGCGGCCCGCGCCCCGAAAGGCGCGCUGCUGCACUGCCACCUCGACGCCAUGCUGCCGCCGGAGCACCUGCUGGCGGACGCGCAGCGCAACCCGCACAUGUGCAUCCGCACCGACGCGCCGCUGACGCACGCGGCCUUCUUCGCCGCCGCGCUGCCGACGUUUGCGGUGCUGCCGGCCGCCGACCUGGCCCUCGCCCACGACGGCGUCGGCGUCUUCUCGCCCGCCUACGUCGCCGGCUCGUGGAUGCCGUACGCGCGCUUCCUGCGCGACUUCCCCGGCGGACGGGCCGAGGCGGAGCGCUGGCUGCGCGGCAAGAUUGUGCUGCAUCCCGACCGGGCCUACGCGCCCGAGCAGACGGUCGACGGCAUCUGGGCGCUGUUCAAGCGCUCCUUCGCCGUGCUGCGCGGCCUCGUCUCGUACACGAGCGCGUGGAAGGGCCACUUCAAGCGUGUGCUGUGGCACCUUGCGCGCGACGGGGUUAGCUAUGCUGAGAUCAGGAUCCCCAUGCAAUGGCAGUUCUUCGUCAAGGCGGAUGACGGGAGUAGGGAGUUUAAUAGGAAGGAAAUGGUGGGCUUGUUGAAGGACGUGCUGGAUGAGGAGUUGCCUAAGAUUAGGGCUGAGCGGCUGGUGUUCUGGGGAGCGAGAUUCAUUUAUGGCAGCUUUCGCCGGUGCGAGCGGGAGAACAUGCGGUGGAUGAUGGACGACUGCAUUGAGCUGAAGCAGGAGUAUCCGGAUCUGAUCUGUGGAUUCGACAUGCAAGGCCAAGAAGACGAUGGCCAUUCACAUCUCCACUGGAUCCAAGAGCUCCUCGACUUCCGCGCCCGCUGCGACUCUCUCGGCCUCGACCUCCCAUUCAUCUUCCACGCCGGCGAAACGCUCCAGACUUCCACUUCCCAAAACCUCUACGACGCCAUCCUCCUCUCUUCCAAGCGCAUCGGCCACGCCUUCGCCCUGCCGCAGCAUCACCCUUACCUCCUCCAGCUCUGCCGCGCCCGUAACAUCGCCAUCGAAGCGUGCCCCAUCUCCAACGAGGUCCUUGGUCUCGCGCCCUCGGGCAUCCGCAACCACCCCUUACCCAUCCUGUUAGCCAUGUGUGUGCCGUGCACCAUCAAUACGGAUGACCCCGGUUGUUGGGAGGCCAGUAUGAGUCAUGAGUGGUAUCAAGUCAUGUCUGGUGCUGGUCGUGGAGAUGGAGAAAACGGAGCUAUGGACUUGAGAGGAUGGAGGAAGUUGGCCGAGUGGAGUUUGGAAUACAGCUGCAUGCCUGAUGCAGAGAAGAAGGAAGCUGGGCGAGUAUUCGAAAACCAGUGGCAGGAGUUUUGCGGGUGGAUUGUGGAAGCUUAUGGGGCCGAGGUUGAGAAUGAGACGUGUUAG